AUGUGCGCCGCCGAGGUGGACCACCACGUAGCCCGGAGAUACCUGCUCAAGCGGCGACUCGGGAAGGGGGCCUAUGGCAUUGUGUGGAAGGCGGUGGAUCGGAGGACUGGUAAGGUCGUUGCCAUCAAGAAAAUCUUUGAUGCCUUUAGAGAUAAGACAGAUGCUCAGAGAACGUUCCGGGAAAUCACGCUCCUCCAGGAGUUUGGGGACCAUCCCAACAUCAUCCGCCUCCUUGACCUGAUGCGGGCAGAGAAUGACAGGGACAUCUACCUGGUGUUGGAGUCUAUGGACACUGACCUGGAUGCCGUCAUCAGGAAGGGUGGGCUGCUGAGGGAUGUCCACAAGCGCUACAUCUUCUACCAGCUCCUGCGGGCCACCAAGUUCAUCCACUCAGGGCAAGUCAUCCACCGGGACCUAAAGCCGUCCAAUGUCCUCCUGGACGCCAGCUGUGUGGUGAAGCUCUGUGACUUCGGCCUGGCCCGCUCUCUGAGUAACCUCCCUGAGGGGCCCGAGGGCCAGCCCCUGACCCAGUACGUAGCCACACGCUGGUACCGAGCUCCGGAGGUGCUACUGUCCUCAAGCUGGUACACCCCUGGGGUGGACAUGUGGAGCCUGGGCUGCAUCCUGGGGGAGAUGCUUCGAGGGCAGCCCCUAUUCCAGGGGACGUCCACACUCCACCAGCUGGAGCUGAUCCUGGAGACCAUCCCGCCUCCAUCCGAGGGGGACCUCCUGGCCCUCGGCUCAGGCUACAGCACCUCCAUUCUGCAUGGCCUGGGGUCCCGGCCACGGCAGACGCUAGACGCCAUCCUGCCUCCAGACACACCCCCAGAGGCCCUGGACCUCCUCAGGCUACUCCUGGUGUUUGCCCCUGACAAGCGGCUCAGCGCAGCCCAGGCACUGCAGCACCCCUAUGUGCAGAGGUUCCACUGCCCUGGCCGAGAGAGGACUCGGGAGGCGGAUGCGCGGCUCCCAGUGCACGAAGGAGUCCAGCUCUCUGCAUCUGAGUAUCGCAACCGCAUCUAUCAGAUCAUCCUGGAACAGAGAGGCAACAGUCACGUCCGGAAAGAGGAGGGCUUGGGGGGCGCCCCUCUGCGAACGGAGCCCAGGGCCUCUGGGCCCCAGGUGCAGCCACUCAAGCUCAGAGCUGGCACCCAGCUCCUCUCAAGGGCGCCUGCACAGAACCCCGGACUCAGGCCUCAGAAUAGCGCCGGUCCUGAUCUGGAGCAUGAUGCCCCAAGUGCAUCGAGGAACAUUUACAGGCAGAACUCGGCCCCCCUGCCCCAACCUGCGACCCCUGGGAUAGAGGCAGAACCCCCUUCGGCACCCUCUCGGGUGAAACCCAACGUGAGAGGGGCGGUGCCUUCCCUGACCUCGCAGGCUGCGGCCCAGGUAGCCAACCAAGCCCUGAUCCGCAGUGACUGGACCCGGUCCUGUGGGGUGAGGGCGGCUGGCGUGCCACUGGUCCCUCCACGGCUGCCCCCAGAGCCCCGGCCUGGCCGGAGGAUGUUCAGCUCCUCUGCCUUGCAGGGGGCCCAGGGGGCUGCCCGGGCCACGCUCGGGGGCUACUCCCAAGCCUACGGUACGAUCUGCCACUCAGCACUGGGCCGCCUGCCCCUGCUCCCGGGACCACGAGCGUGAGCUGCUCUACCUGCCUUGGCCCCAGCCGUCUCAGUCCCUUCCCUC